AUCAAGGUAGGGUUGGCAUUCUGACAGUGACAAAUUGUGGAGUUGCGGUGAUUGAAUAAUAAAAAUUUUUUAAGAAAAUCUGGGAAAAAUAUUCUUUAAAUUUAAAAUAAAAUGUCGGGAAUAAUAUUCCUUUCAUCGAGGCGUCUUCAACCAAAAAAUUUUUUAAAACUUGGAGCUCUUACUUCAGAUUUAUUAGAGAGUAAAUUGAUUCCUCUGCAAAGGAACCAGAAAUAUUUAAUAAACUGUGUUCAAGCUUAUUCUUCAUCAUGCAGCGACGUUUUUUUGAGGUGUAACACAAAUCACAUUCUAAAUAUUGAAAGAGGAUUACACACGACUUUCAAAUUAUACCAAACAGAAACAGUUAAUGUACCCCCUUUUGCUGAUUCAGUAUCAGAAGGCGAUGUCAAGUUUACGUGUAAAGUAGGAGACUACGUUAAGACAGACGACGUUGUUAUGGAAAUCGAAACGGAUAAAACAACUGUUGGUGUGCCAGCACCAUUUGGAGGUGUAAUAGAAGAAAUAUUAGUGAAAGAUGGGGAUACCGUUAAGGCUGGUCAGGCAUUGUUUAAAUUGAAAAAGGCAGAAGGCGGAGCUGCACACGCACCUGCAGCAAAACCAGCAACUACUACUCCGCCACCACCACCACCACCUCCAACUCCGUCACCGGCUUCUAAACCACCAUCUCCACCAAAAGUUGCAACACCAUCACCACCCACACCACCACCACCGGCUGCUAUGCCGCCACCACCAAAACCUGCUGCACCUUCGGCUAAAAUACCAACUACUGCUGCUCGUCCAGUUGGAGCUGAACCACAAGUUAAAUUGCCUCCAUCAGAUUAUUCAAAAGAAAUUACUGGUACGCGAACUGAGCAACGUGUUAAGAUGAGCCGUAUGAGGUUGAAAGUAGGAGCCCGUUUAAAAGAAGCACAAAAUGUGAAUGCUAUGUUAACAACAUUUAACGAAAUUGAUAUGAGCGCUGCAAUGGAAUUUAGAAAAUCUAAAUUAGAUGCUUUUGUUAAAAAAUACGGUAUUAAAAUAGGUUUUAUGUCUAUAUUUACAAAAGCUUCCGCUUAUGCUCUUCAAGAUCAACCUGUAGUAAAUGCCGUUAUUGAUGGAAACGAUAUUGUUUAUCGAGAUUAUGUUGAUAUUUCUGUAGCUGUUGCAACUCCUAAAGGUUUGGUAGUUCCAGUUUUGAGAAAUGUUGAAGGCAUGAAUUAUGCCGAUAUAGAAAUAGCUAUGGCAGCUAUUGCUGAAAAAGCUAGGAAAGGUGCUAUUGCUGUUGAAGACAUGGAUGGAGGAACAUUCACGAUUAGCAAUGGCGGUGUGUUUGGCUCGUUAUUAGGCACCCCUAUUAUCAACCCUCCACAAAGCGCAAUAUUAGGAAUGCAUGGAAUUUUUGAAAGACCGAUCGCGGUGAAAGGACAGGUUGUGAUUCGCCCAAUGAUGUAUGUUGCUUUGACUUACGAUCACCGCUUAAUUGAUGGUCGCGAGGCUGUAACAUUCUUACGAAAAAUCAAAGAAGCCGUAGAGGAUCCUAGAAUAAUGUUAGCUGGUCUAUAAAAUCUAAUGUUUAUUUAUAAACCAAAAUUAAAAUAAACACACAAGAAAAUGUUUUUAUGUA